CCUAAGCAGCAUUUAGCGACGACACCUGUUGGGUUGAAGACACGAGCGAAAUAUUUAAGUAUAUAAGUGCCCUGGUUCAAGUCAACGAUGCUGCCUGCCAAAGUCGCGUGCCCCGUGGGACACUGCUGUUUUAAGUCCGGACGUAAUAGCACGAGGGCUGUCUUCGCGUUAUUGCUUCUGCUCUCUGCAACUAUGGCGUGCGCGCUCAGCACCACGCUCGAAGACGACUUCCACAUCGUCCACAACCUUGACAACAGAAGUCCAGAGAUUGACCCGUUCUGGUACGUGGGGCGAGGGGUGAGGCCCAUCGGACGCUUUGGAAAGAGGCAAGCCAGCAGCAGCCUGAGGCCAGCCAUCAAUCACCUGGAGCUCCUCCUCCACAGCCUGAGGAACAGGGAUGUGCAGGGCCUAGACAAGAUACUGGCAGAAGAGGAUUACGACAGAUUACCAUGACGGCAGUCUCAACAACCACUUUUCUUUUUUUCUCAGUCAAAAAAGGCGCACCCUCAUAUCCCUCAAAGACUUGCACACAAAGUUUUACUACAUCUCUACAGAUCAUGUUCAACUGUGGGAGAAAAAGCAAUUGUAUAUAAUAAAAAUGCAAUCUAUAUUAAUAAAUAAAUGAAUUGAUGUCAAUAA